AUGGUAGUUUACAGUGGCGUGAAUGUGUGGGUGGAUCCUGCCGCUCCCGCUGCCGCUCCCGCUGCCGCUCCCGCUGCCGCUCCCGCUGCCGCUCCCGCUGCCGCUCCCGCUGCCGCUCCCGCUGCCGCUCCCGCUGCCGCUCCCGCUGCCGCUCCCGCUGCCGCUCCCGCUGCCGCUCCCGCUGCCGCUCCCGCUGCCGCUCCCGCUGCCGCUCCCGCUGCCGCUCCCGCUGCCGCUCCCGCUGCCGCUGCCGCUCCCGCUGCCGCUCCCGCUGCCGCUGCCGCUCCCGCUUCCGCUCCCGCUGCCGCUGCCGCUCGCGCUGCCGCUGCCGCUCCCGCUGCCGCUCCCGCUGCCGCUCCCGCUGCCGCUCCCGCUGCCGCUCCCGCCGCCGCUGCCGCUGCCGCUGCCGCUCCCGCUGCCGCACCCGCUGCCGCUCCCGCUGCCGCUCCCGCUGCCGCUCCCGCUUCCGCUCCCGCUGCCGCUGCCGCUCGCGCUGCCGCUGCCGCUCGCGCUGCCGCUGCUGCGCUCGCGCUGCCGCUGCCGCUCCCGCUGCCGCUCCCGCUGCCGCUGCCGCUGCCGCUGCCGCUGCCGCUGCCGCUGCCGCUGCCGCUGCCGCUGCCGCUGCCGCUCCCGCUGCCGCUCCCGCUGCCGCUCCCGCUGCAGCACCCGCUGCAAGAAAUGUAG